CAGCUCGCUUCAGACAUGUGAAGACCAUCGUUAGCUACUUCAUUAUAUACUGAAAAAACUAUCCAAAUCAAAUCUUUUCUCUCUUUUUCUCUGGUGUAAGGGGGUUAGAUCUAGUCAACAACACGGCAACACAAAGAGACGUCUACCAGCGUUUGAGGAAAACAAAACCUGAGGUUUCUCAGUGGUUGGAGUGAUCAUGAAGUCCACUCCUCCUCCUCCAGCGUUCGUUCGUGUCAGUGACAGAGACCUGACAGAGAUUGAGCUCCAUUCAGUUGAUUCCAUCAAUGAUUUGCACCGAACACACUUUGAGCAGUACAACAAAGUUCCAGGUGUCAUACCACCCCGCCCGCCUCCUCCCUCCACCAAUGGGAUCCUUCACAUGCAAGACAGGUCAGUUGACUGUCAAACAGCACAACCCGAGAGAAGGCCCUGUGUGAGCAGUCUGAAUGACAUUUGCACUUCCACUAGGAGGCGCUAUUUCUUAGCAUGUGCAGCUAUUAUUGUAGCCCUCCUCACUCUCAUUCUUAUCUUCAGUUUUUUAGUACAGCAGAGCAGUGCUCUUCACACACUCUUGGAGAUGGUGAAACAGAAACAGGAAGCAGCUGAAGAAAUCUCCCUACUCUUACAAGAGGUACACAAGAUGCACUUCAACCUGACUGCAGUGGGCAAUAAGCAGCGACCAUGAAAAUAACAAUUAACACAAAAUUCUGCUACACUUUGCCAACAUGAUGGAGAAAUUCAGAUCAACUUGUGUGAUUCUCUGUCUUGUCUUAUGCUAUUCCAAAAGUAUCCACUAGUGCAUUGUCUUGCUCCAAGACAUUUACUUGGCCUGUUUUUUUUUUCUCUCUUUUUUUUUUUAAUGAACAAUAAGGUUUUUAUGGCUGAAAUUUCUCAUAAUAUGUUUUAAAAGUGUCAUUUUUGUAACUCUAAAAGAAAGCAGCACAUAAGGCAUCGAACAUCUCAUCAGUAUCUUUAGUUUUCUGGUCUCUUACCAUUCCACUCCUAUUAAAUGGCCUCUACACUCUUAAGAUAAAUUCUGCUUAUAUGCUGCCCUCAUGCGCUGAACUACAAUGACUGAAGUUAAUCAGAGAAAGAGUUAAAGAGGAAAAUAUUAACAGAAAUGUGAAAGUUUUGUGGACACACCUGAGUGAUACAUAUGACCCUUUCUUA